AAAAAAAAAAAAGGCUUGUUCAGGAGUCCUUCCUUACCUUCGACGUUAAGCCAAGCAUCGGAGUCUCAGACAAUAAAUUCCAGCGGCGAACAUAGAAGGAAGAAGAAGCAGCUGAGUUAAUCACAGAACCCUAAAGGAUAAUGGCGCUUCAAUGGAUGAUUCUGACGUACGUAGUGGCCGUCGAGGCCGCCUUGGCCAUUCUCUUAACCCUUCCCUCACCAAAGCUCCUCAAGAACCGCUUCGUCUCUCUCGUCUCCUUAAUCCUCCAACCUUCCUUUUUCAUCAUCCCCUUCGCCGGCUUCCAGCUCCUAGAUCUCUACUGGAAGAGCGAGCACCGCUUGAUGUGCAGCUCUGAAAUCUGCACGGCUACUGAGAGAGAUCGAUAUGAAAAAUCAAUCUACAAAGCUCAAAAGAAUGUUAUUCUCUGUGCUGCUGCAGUUCUUCUGUAUUGGUCCAUUUACCGCAUUUGCAAAUAUUACAAGGAUAUCCAAAGUUUGGAGGAAGUGGAGAAGCGGUACAAGGACAAGUAGAUUUGCUCAUACACAAUCUUAUAUAAACUAGAUGUUUAAAAAAUAAUUGCGGAUUUGCAAAAACCAACCUGUAUGUUGGGUAACCCAUCUUUUCUGAAACCAGCUAAAGUUCUGCUGGAAAUAUGUUCAUGGGAAUGAUGCUUCGUGGUAUUUCCUGGUUGUUCUGCUGUCAAUAUUGGACCAUAUUUGUAGGAGUAGAAUGUUUUAGAAUUCAGUCACGUCAGAUAUGCAUCUUUAAUAGCGACUGUUUGGGUUGUACAUUUCACUGGUUUCAUUGAUCAUUGUCUGGUUGUAAGCAUUACUUGUUUCUUUUCUUGCCUGCACA